ACACAGUUCCUCAUACAGUACUCCUACAAACAUUUAUUCUUUGAAUUGUACAUAUAUUGUCUAAGAACUGGCUGCCUAACCCCCAAAAAUUAGUAUUGCCAAUCUUAGUCAUGGAUAGUUGACAUGAUAUUUGAUAUACAGUACCUGUGAAAAAUUAUUAUUCCUAAGACAUAUUCAUUGGGGUCUAAUGGCUGCACAACGGCAUUAUUAUGGCAUUAUUAUGGCACAAUGGCAUUAUUAUUCGGCUAGAUAAAGUUGCAUGUGCUUGCCUAUGCCUAAACAUUACUGUCCAACUGAACAUAUCCUUGAAAGAUAUUAACAUAUAUUAUUUAAAAAUAAUCAACAUAAAACAGUAAUUAUAGGUUAUGCAAUGGUAUGCAAAUUAGUCAUUAGUUUUGCCUAGGCUUGCCAAGAAAUGGUAUUUUAAAUUUGGCUAUGAAGGUGCUUUUAGCUUAAACUGUAUCAAUAGUUCAGUAUUGAACACAUGGAUGUAAUCAUGAUGUAACAUGUAAUAUAUAAGGCCUACGGGCUCACCAUAGCCCGUGCUACUUGGAAUUUUACAUUCCAGGUAGCGAAUCUUUAACAACAACAACAACAUGUAGUAUCCAACAUAUUGGUACCCUGUAUAAUGAUAUAAUCUGCAUUAUUAAUGGAAUGGUUCAGAAAGUGGUUGGUGACCUGAUGGUUGCUACUAUACAACGGGGUGGCCAGUGCAAGUACAGUACCCAGUACCAUGUUUAGUCAAAACCCAGCUGUCGGUAAUAAGGUGAUCUGCAGUUAUUACCUGAAGGGCACCUGUAAAUAUGGAACAAGAUGUUGGAAUAUUCAUCCACAAACUCAAGGUGGUGCAGGGAUGGCAAAUACGUAUGCAACAGGUGCCACAGGCACUGGUGGCAAUGUGUUUGGUGCCAAGACCACCAAUCAGCAAGAAUCAAAAGAAUUUCAAGACUUUGUAAAACAAAUGAGUGGCGAGAUGAAUCAAUGGGAACGUAGUGGUCAGUGGCUGGUGUCGUGCUUUGCUCCCCUGAAAGCUCGCCUUCCUCUCUCGGGCUUCUCCGAUCAUUCGCCUGAAGAAUUUAGACUAAAAGCAUAUGAAGCACUGAAGACAAAUACAUCAAGUAGUUAUCAAGCUCAUUGGACUGAGAUGCAACAGAUGUACAAGCUGCUGCGAGAUGCACUUAAGAUGCCAACUCAAGAAGCUGUGCAGGCAAUGAGAGACGUGUACAAUUCCAAGAGUGCUCUAGAGCAACAAGAGCAACAGCAGCAGCAGCCAGUAAAGCAAACCAGUUUAUUUGGUAAACCACCUGGACAGACCGUGUUUGGGGUAACUUCUCAACCAGGUAGUGGAACAGGUCUUCUAGGAGCAAAACCACAACCCUCAAUCUUUGGAGGAUCCUCUACAGUAUUUGGAGGAAAUCAGCCCACAACUACAUCAGUAUUUGGUGGAGGAGCGACCAAGUCUGUCUUUGGAGGGCAACCGACACUUGGAGUGCAGAAUACUAGUCCCUUCGUAAAUCAAACCCCAAGUAUAUUUGGAGGGGCCAGCAAUAAUGUGUUCAAGAGUUCUCAAAAUUCAACAAGUACUGGAUUAUUUGGUUCUUCAUCACAGAGUCAAACAAGUACAGGGCCUAUAUUUGGAGGUAGUUCUACCUCAACUGCAGUUGGUCAGACUACUAGCAUCUUUGGAGGUGGACAGAAUCAGAGUACAGGAAGUAGUAUAUUUAAUAGCAACACUCAGAAUCAGCCUUCAAUAUUUGGAGGAACAACAGCUAAUGCACAAAGCAGUGUCUUUCAGGGAGCACAGGGAACAGCCCAAACUGCAGCAUCACAUGCAGGCGGAGGACAAGGUAUUUUUGGAAGCCAACAGCAGCAGCAGCAGGGAUUAUUUGGUGUGCAGCCAGUACAACAACAGCAACAACAGCAACAGCAGCCUGCUUCGGUGUUUGGUAGACAGAGCAUCUUUGGGGGCAGUCAGGCCACUCCAUUAUCAGGUGAUUCAGUACAAAAUACAUCACCAUUCACCUUUGGUGGUAGUACUCCUGGAUCUGUAUUUGGAGGUAGUGCUCCAAAAGGCACAGGGAGUAUAUUUGGAGGAAAUACAGCAUCUGGCAGAGGAAAUGGUAUCUUUGGUAAUGUACAGACAACUGGGCCAUUUGGCAAACCUUCUCUUCCAUUUGGAAAUACGAGUGAAGCAAGUACUAAUUCCGGAUUAUUUGGAAAACCAGCUGAAGGUGCACAACCUGCAACAGGUCAGGGAACUCCUGGGUUGUUUGGAAGACCCGCAGAAGGCACUCAAAAUCGUAUGCACUCUGCAAUUUCAAACGACCAUGCAGACUGGUACACAUCUUUAGACCAAUUAAAACCGGAAGAUAGAGCCCAGUUUGAAGCAGAAGCAUUUACUGCUGUACCGUUUUGUCCCCCGCCUCAGGAAUUGUGUGUGUGAAUUUGUGUACUGUACAAUAUUACAAAAAAGUCUGUGUAUAUGGCCUGGGUCUUCCAGUUAUGCUGAUACCUUCCAGUCCAGGACAAUUGCAUAUUUACUGUCCAUGCAUGUAUUUUUGCAAACCAUGAAAAUAGCUGUAAGAGCUGAAUCAUUUAAAUCUUGCAUUACCUGUUGACUUUCGUGUGAUAAACUGUGUUACGUAGUUUUUCUGGCUUGGCGCCUUCUUUUGAUAAUUACUUGAAACUAUUGUACUGUACUAAGAUAAAUUUGUCAACAUGUAGAUAGCUUGAAAUUGUUAUAGCUCAGUUUUAUAUUACUGAAUGUUAAAGGUGUUAUUGUAAAUUUUGUUCAUUAUAUUCAAUUAAAAAGAUUGUGAUUUUAUAUAAUGCAUGUACAGUAUAUAUAUUUGCCAAAUCUAUAAGGAGCACACCUUCCCAUGGUUACCCUAAAUAAAAUGUAUUUGAUAGAUUUGACCCAUCAUUCAGCUUGGAUUACAAAAAAAAAAAAAAAAAGAUUGCCAACCAUUCUGGCUACUGUACUGCCUAUUUGGCACCAUCUUGUUUCAAUUUUUUCACAGUAACUUCAAGGAUUUUGGAUGAAUUUAGACAAGGUUAUGUGUGUAUACACUCCCUCUUGCAGUGAAGUUUGGAAUUGUUGUGUAAAUGUAAUUUAUAGACCAAUGAAGCCAGCUAAGAAAUCCAGUGAGAAAUACAUUUUAUUUGGGUUACAUAUUUUCAUAGCAAUGUAAUUCUAUUAUUUUGUUUAAUAUUUUUGAAGCAUUAACUUUAUAAUGGACUUUCUUGUGAAAACAAUUGCAUUCUUUAAUAUGUAUUGGAUAUUUUUCCUUAAAUGUCAUGAAACUUUUUAAUUUUAGAAUAUAGAGAUUUAUCUUGAUAGCAGUCUGCAGUAAUUUUCAUGUUAGAGAACCAUAGUUUUUGAGUAGUUUUUCAUGCCAUUUUUCUAUAGUUUCAAUUUCCCAUAUGUCUGAUUGUCAACGAGCUGUGGCUGUAGGACAAGACAGUUGCUUAUGUAAUGAAAGUUAUCAUUAGAUAAAACACUAUAGAUAGUGACACUGUCAAAGCAAUACAGUAGUGCCAAACGCUCUGCAGGGAUGUGAGAUCCUAGUGUAGCAUUAAUGUGGAAGUUCAACAAUUGGAACAGUAUACAAAUGACCAGUCAGAGAAGCACAUGCCAUGUUAGAAUAGAUAAAAGUAUGGAAUAAGAAUGUAAGGAGCACAAAAGGUGGUCAAUGGCACAAUUUAUGAGUGUAUUUUGGUGAUUUGGUGAUGAAUUAAAGGUUGAUGAUAGGCUAGUGCAUGUAUUUUUGGUUAAUUUGAGGGUAGGAGAAAGAGCAGUAUCUAAAAGAUGGGCAGUGUGUGAAUGAGUGAGAGGAAGGGGGGAUCGAGUGCUAACAGGAGAUUUAGAGAACAGGCAUAUUCUUCCAUUUGACAUUUUGUGUUGAAGGCAUAUUAGAACUUGCAAGGAGCACUUGAGUCUUACGAAGCAAUGGAGUGAUUAUGUGGAUGAUUUUCUGGAUUGUGGUUUUAGUAGCUCCAUGAUACUAUGAAAUGUUGAAAAUACAGUGAUUUAACAGGUGUUAUUUUGUAAUGUCUUGUGCCAUAUUUUCCCUUAUUACUUCCCAUUUUUCUCAAGGCUGAUGCUUCCUCACCCCACGAAAUGGAACCAUUUUCUUGGGGGUAUCAAAUUGGUUGUAUAUUAUGCUUAAACUGGAAAACUAAUGGAUAUACUUAUUGUUACAUGUAUGUACAGGUUGUGGUAACACUUUUUCCCAAAAUUAUUAAAUGCAGUUUUAUAGAUUACUAAAACAGAUGCAAUUACUGUACUGUACCAUAAAAACUGUACAUAGUUAUUUUAAUUAUGUAUAUGGGUUGUGAAGUUAUUUUUAAUUUAUUUAAUCAAAUAUUUGACAAUGUUGGUUUGUUAAGGUUGGAUAUGUUGAAUGUAGUUAGUGUAAUAGCUUGCACCUAACCAAGCCCUCAAGCUAGGUUAAAGGCAGUUCUGCCACAGACAUUUUAUUUUUUAGAUGUAUUUGGUGAUGUACAGUAGUCAGUUUAUUUUGUCGCAUGUAAAUAUAUAUAUGUAUGUAAGUACGGUACUGUAAUUAUCAAAAUAACACACACAGUUAGUCCUAUAGUGUGGACUUGGCUUGUCUGAUGUACAUUAUAAGCAAUGAAGGACUGGCAAAAGUGACCAUAGCAGAAACCACUAGUUUAUGGGAUGUUUCAUGUCUUGGCAGAAGGAUGCACCAUUGUUUAAAGUUUAAUAACCGAGUGCUAUUACUCAGACCUUGGGUGAAAUUGUUCAUUUACAUCUAAUUAUUAAGCUACAUGUUGUUAUUAAGAACAUCAGAAGUAGGAGUCACUUCAGAAAGGUUGUUAGCCUAUUCUGGGCAAGGCCUGUCUAAAUCGAGCUCGUUUCUCCUGUAUAUCUACCGAGCCUAGUUUUAACACUUGUAUAACCAUUUGCCUCUACGACAGUGGCCAGCAAUCUAAUAAAUGAUAAUAAUAAUAAUAAUAAUAAUAAUAUAUUAUUAAUACUUCAUAACCUUCCUGAAUCUGAAGUCUAUCUUUUACCCAUGUUAUGCCCAUGCUAUGGGUAUAAGAUGGACCUGGUCUGGUGUGUGAAAGUUUGAAGCCUUCCCGUGUUGAUAUCCCUCAUCCACUUACCACAGUUUACCUGAGAGCUCCCUAAACCCCUGGAUCAUGUCUCCCCCUCACCCUAGGCCUUUCCAGGUAAUGCUGGCUGAGCUCCCUCAACCUCUCCUAAUACGGCAGCUCCUGAACACCAGAGUUAGUCUGCUUAUCCUAUGUGAGAGUUGCUCGGAGGAAAUCAAUGUCCACUCUGUAAUUAGUGAUAAAGGGUUGAACAACAUAGUCUUAAGUGGGGCCUCACUUUGGCUAAAUAUGAUUAGAUGAUGUUUGUACAAUACAUUGAUUCCAGAUGCUUCUGGUUAACCUCAAACAUGUGGCAGUCUUAGUAGAGGCUAUUAGGUACUGUACUUGUUUAUGCAAAACACAUGAGACGUUCAUUAAUAACAAAUCAUACUUGUACAUACUGUAUAUUGUAAAUAAAAUUAAUCUUUGUAAAA